GUUGCCGUGGCGCGGAGAAGUCUGCAAAACAAGAGGCUGAGGCUUGCGUUAGCGAGAAGCCAGUUCUCGCCGGAGCUCGGGGAAGGAAGCGUCUCUGUCCGGCUCGGAGGGAAGCGCUCGCGCCAGGUAGACGCCGCGCCGCCAGUCAGCAUGGGCAAGGGAGACCCCAACAAGCCGCGGGGCAAGAUGUCCUCGUACGCCUUCUUCGUGCAGACGUGCCGCGAGGAGCACAAGAAGAAACAUCCCGACUCGUCGGUCAACUUCGCCGAGUUCUCCAAGAAGUGCUCCGAGAGAUGGAAGACCAUGUCUGCAAAGGAAAAGUCGAAAUUUGAAGAUUUGGCCAAGAGCGACAAAGCUCGUUAUGACAGGGAGAUGAAGAAUUAUGUUCCUCCCAAAGGUGAUAAGAAAGGAAAGAAAAAAGAUCCCAAUGCUCCAAAAAGACCACCGUCUGCCUUCUUCCUGUUUUGCUCUGAACAUCGCCCAAAGAUCAAAAGUGAACACCCAGGCCUGUCUAUUGGAGAUACUGCAAAAAAAUUGGGUGAGAUGUGGUCUGAACAGUCUGCCAAAGAUAAACAACCCUAUGAGCAGAAAGCAGCUAAACUAAAGGAGAAGUAUGAAAAGGAUAUUGCUGCAUACCGUGCCAAGGGCAAAAGUGAAGCAGGAAAGAAGGGUCCUGGUAGGCCAACAGGAUCAAAGAAGAAGAAUGAACCAGAAGAUGAGGAAGAGGAGGAGGAGGAAGAAGAUGAAGAUGAGGAGGAAGAAGAGGAGGAUGAAGAAUAAAUGGCUGUCCUAAAAUGUGUGGAGUGUAUGUGCUCAGGCAACUAUUUUGCUAAGAAUGUGAAAUUCAAGUGCAGCUCAACAUUAGCUUCAGUAUAAAAACUGUACAGAUUUUUGUAUAGCUGAUAAAAUUCUUUGUAGAGAAAAUACUUUUUUAAAAAGAGGUGUGUAGCUUUUUCAGGGGCUACAACGUACAGUUAGAUUUAAAGCUUUUGAUGUUGAAUGUUCCUAAAUAUUUAAUGGUUUCUUUAAUUUCUUAUGGUAGCACAGCAAACUUCAUAGGAAUUUGUAUUACCAGUAAAUUUUUUUUUAGGAUGUUGCAUUUUCUUUUGUUUUUUAAAAAAAUUUGUAAUAAAAUAAUGUAUAUUA